AUAAAUAGAUAACAGCGAAGAGCACGCGCGGUUGGAGCGGAACGUCCGCAGGUCCGCGCGCUCGCCAUGGAUCCCGGCGCCACGAUCCUCCGCGUGAAACGGAAAAGAGGUACCGACCCGGCCGACGCCCUGCUGCUCGCGUGCAAGCGGAUCCGUCCGGAGGCGGGUGCAGCUCCGCCUGACACCGACCCGGUAACGGAGCCGCAGGGCGCGAGGGUGGAGAGCUCCGUGUUCAAGCUCGUGGCCACGGUGGCCUCGCAGGAUACACCUGUGCAGCCACAUGUCCGUGAGGUCCUGUCACGCCCACGCCUCUCCCACGCUCUGCGGCCCUCGCAGGGAAGCUCCCAGAGAGUCAUCGGCGACUUGCGCAGUGCCAAAUGGACCACCAGGCGCGAAGAGCGGUACCGCAUCCUCUCCAGCCACCGGGCCGGGCUUCCGGACGAGUCUGCCACUCCCAGAGAGAGGCGGGGCCAGGAGAGCGAUGCUCAGGAGGAGGCAGAACCUCGCUUGUCUCUGGGAGAAGUGCAGGUGUUUGACAUUGUUCAGGAGGAGGACGAGGACGGGGAGGAUGAGCGAGCUCCUCGUAAGACUAUGAAGCCUGACCCGGAGACGGUCCUGUGUAACUCUGUGAAAAUGAUCCGAGAGAGAUUGACAGUGUCGAUGGAUGGAGUUGGCGCUGAACAUCGCGAGAAGGAGGAUGACUACGUUUAUGACUUGUACUAUCAGGAGACGACAACACCAGGCUGGAUACAGGACAUCCUGUCUGUCAGGCCCUACACAGAGGAGGGCGAGCUUGUGCCUGAGGAGGUCGCUUGGGAAGAGGAGGUGUACGAAGAUGAAGACGACGAGAACGAUGAACACAACUGGAGGAAUGACUAUCCGGACGAGGAGGGUAGCGAGGAGAGCAGUGAUGAAGAGCGCUAUGGAGGUUGUUGGAAUGAGGAGCAUUCCUACAGCCGAAGGAGCUGGGAAUGUUAUCGGAGGCAGGCGAUGAAGGAGUUGCACCCUGACGAAGAGGAUGAGGACAGGGACGACUCUGACUGAGCACGUGCGAGACGGGUCCUUUUUACGCAACUGUGUUCCAAGUGAACGUGUGGUAGUUAAUGCAUCUAUUGGUGUGUGGUAGUGUGUGGGGUGCUUGGCCUUCCGUGUUGGUGUGAUGAGUGAUUUUAUUCCUUGUGAUUGUUGCAUUGUUCUGCGACUGUUUGAUUUGCAUGGUAGUGAGCGUGUGUGGUAGUAGUGUUGAGUUUCAUGUGUGGGGUGGUUUUGUGCAGAGUGGCUGUAACAUGCGUGUCAACAUUCCUGAUUCCAAAGGGUGACAAACUAUGUAAAUAUGUAGAUGUGUAUUAAAAAUAAAGAUUUCAAAAUGAAUGCCAUUA